AUGUCUCAAGAACAAUGUGCCGAUGGCUCAGCUUUGACGUGGAUUUUUGAUCAUUGCUUGCGUUACGCCGAUAAUUACGAAAUUUCGCUUCGUGCUGCAUACGAACUCAAUUGCCACCCCGCAAAAAGUGCUGCCGCAAUGGGGAACUCUACUUUCGCUACUUCUCGCUCUUCCUCUCUUUUCUCGCGCAACUCUUCCUACUCAAAGAACCGAUCUUCCGGCUCUUCCUACGACACGGCUUCCUACGACGCUAAUGCCGAGUUCCGUGCUUAUUUGACCAGAACUGUUUCGGAGCUGCCUUCUCAGCCCUGUUCGCUUCCUCCAAGCUUUAUCGUCUCUUUUGUGCGCCGUUGUUUCUGCUUGGAAUUGUCUCUUGUCGACUUUAAUCAGGCCUUGACUGCUCUUGAUUAUUUGAAGGAUCUCCAGAACCGCUGGAAGAAGGAGAUUGACGCCGCCUUCCGACGUCUCAAUGUUAAUCCCGAGGAUGCCAGAGACCCUCAGCAAUCUGAGCUGGCUCGCAAGUACCCCGGUGUAAUGGAAUGGUACAGAGAAAUCAACAAAAAGGCAUACACGAUUGAUGCCUUGUAUACCCAGGUCUAUGUCGGCCUUCGCCGCUGGGUCUUGGUCAAUGAGAUGAUGCUAGACCCAUUCGACAAAGCCAACUGCCUCGCUCUUCUCAACACUCUGCUUCCUCCUGUUCGCUACGACAGCCUUACCCCCACUAAGCAAUUGACCCCUAAGAUCCUCGAGAAACACCGUGACGCUUUCUUCGGAUUUAUUACCGGGUUCGAAGCCAACCCAGAGAUCUUGGAACCAGUCAUGGCUCAAGGCGCCCGACCUGGUGAAGAAAACGCAUGGCCUGCUCUUUACGAUGCCAUGUCUCGAUACCUGGAUGCCGUCGUGGAGGUGAUCGAAGAUUGUGCAUUGAUCAAUGAGCCCUCUCAGGUCGACAAGUCCGGACACCAGCGUCGUACCGACUCCGGUAUUAGCUUCGGACCCCGUCCUGCCAGCUCCCACUCUGUGGAUGCCGAAAAGCCUCUUCCCAACUUCCCGGAGCUUAGUGAUGGCCCAAGCAAGCACGGCUCCUUCCUGGAGCGAUUCGCGCACAGCAUGUCCUGGGGAAAGAAGAAGGACCCCGUGAAAGAGCAGCAGAAGGAACAGAAAAAGGAGUUUUCGCGCAGCCUGAAGAAGAUGCAGUCCUUCAAGGAUAUCAGGAGCCGCCCUGGCAGCACCAAGACUUCGAUCGAAUUCAACAAAAUGCCAUUCGACUUGACGGAGGAGAAGCGCCGGCGCCUGAUUGAGGAGGCCAAGGCUCGCAAGGCCAUCGAGGCUGCGGAAGCGGAAGCGCAGACCAUUGGCCAGGCUAUCUAA